UGACAGAUCCUCUCAUGCCGACCACUGCUUUAGAGAGAUUAGCAAGACUCUCAGCUUAGCAAACAACAACACGGCUGAAAUCACGGGUAUAGGUACCGUUAAAGUUAUUAUCAACGAAAAUAAUCAGCCCUAUUCUGCAUUUCUACUCGAAUCGAAAUUUUCUCCGAUUGGCAACUUUGGUAUUCUGCGUUUCGAUUCAAUUUCUAUGUAUUCUGCAUUGCGAUCGUAAUUACGUUUUUGUACGUUGAAGUUUUGUUGGCGGAAAGCCGUUAUAUAUUCAUUUUCGUGCAUUUGAAUAAAAUAAUUUCCUCAAAUAUGUCAAAAGUAACAACGGCAGAGCAAUACGAAAAAUUGUAUGAUAUGGUGGCCACGAAAAGAGAUAUUGCGCAGGGUUUCCAAAAGCGACCGAAGGAAGAAGUACAGGAGUUUUGGGAGGAGGUUGCAAGGAAUUUAAAUGCACUUGGCCCACCAACAAAAAAUUCCAAUACAUGGAGAAAGGUCUGGAUUGACUGGAAAUGCUACAUGAAGCGAAAAUUAUCGCAUAACAAAAAAGAAAGGAUGAGCACCGGUGGAGGUCCUUGCCGUUUACAACGCAUAAGCCCACUUGAUGAAAAGGUGAUAGCUUUGACGGGUUUGGAAACGGAUGAUAUCCCUUCAACCAGUAGAGCUAGCAUCCAAAAUAGAGAGGCGAGAGCAGACAAGCAGAGCACUUCUUCAUUACUUAAGCAACAGAUACAAAUCAAAAAGAAUUUUGUGCAGAGACGAAAAAAUUCAAUGAAGCUGCCUUUGGUAAAAUGGAAGAAGUUACUUCAUAUUUACGACACAUGAAUCGUUCUCUAGAAACUUUGGCGGAGACUGCAGUGAAGCAACCUGAAGAACAGAAGCGACACAAUAGAAUUAAGGAAGAGCUAGUGAAGGAAAAAGUAGAAAUAAAAAUGCAAAUGCUAAGAUUAGGUCCAAAUUAUAAGCCGGAUUCAAAGUAGUCAUUUUUUAAUUGUUAGCCUUUUAUUUAUUUUACUAUUAUUCAUUUAUAUAACGAGCUGUGAAAUGAA